AUGGUGCCAGUCAAGAGAUUCUCGUUUCCUUGCAAAUCUCGUGUGGUUAUCUAUACACGGACCAGUUUAUACAUAUUUGUCUCUCUCUGUAUUUUUGUUCUUUCAUAUCUAUCUAUCUAUCUAUCUAUCUAUCUAUCUAUCUAUCUAUCUAUCUAUCUAUCUCAGUCUGUUCAUAUCUAUCUAUCUAUCUAUCUAUCCUACUCCCCAAAACCAUUAUUUUACCUUUCUUUCUUUUCUUUUCAUCUUUCAUUUUUUUUCCUUUCUUCAUUCCUGUCUUAUUUCCUUCCUUGUUCCGAAUUCAUCAAACUCGCUACAUCUUGGAUUUCUUCCUCUUUAGUUCUACCACGCAUCUUCUUUUUUGACACUUUUUACUGCUAUCUUUCCUUCAAUUUCCUUUUCUUUUAUGAAUCUUUCUUCGUUCGUUCGUUCGUUCGUUCGUUCCUUCCUUCCUUCCUUCUUUCCUUUUCUUGCUCUCCUCCUUAUUUACUGUUUAUAUCCUUACUCACCUUUUUCCUUCUCCUUUGCUCUUUUUCUUCUUUCCUUCGACCUCUAUCCUUCUUUCUCCCUUCCUCUCUUUCCUUCCUUCUUUGCUCCUUCCCUUUCUUUUCACAUUUAUUCUUCCUCCCCUCCUUCCUUCCUUCCUAUUCUUGUUCUCUUUCUCAUUUCCUCUUUUUAACCUUAGUCAUCUUUUUCUUUGCCCUUUCCCUUUCUAUUAAACCUCGAUCCUUCCUUCUUUGA